UUUUGCCGGCAAUUUUGAAUCAGUUUUGUGUGCAACAAAUCCUGAACAAGUCCUUGCCUGCAAGCGGCGUCGAGGAAAUGAUCAUUCACUUGCUGACUGUUUGAACAUUGUAAAACAAACAACACCUCUAUGUGAGUCGAAUGAUAUGGUUUGAGCCAGUUUCCUCAUCAUCUUUACUAGUACUUUGUGCGUGGAAACCUCAACCUUGUUGGGUGCUGGUCACAGGCAGUCAAUGCAGGGAGUCGUAUAGACAACUCUCUGGAUCAACGUGAAGUGUCCUGGUUCAGAUACCCAAGACCAAAACACCCUUGCCACUGCUCACUGAAGUGCUUUGUGUGAUAUGUCUAGUGGAACUGCAUCUACAUCAGGCUCAACCAUUCGCGUGUUGGAAGAGUUUGUCCGCAGUCGUCAUGAGCAUGAUCUUGAAGCUAUUCUAUUGUGGGCUGAUGACACCCAGCAUUACCCGCUUGUUAUCAGCGUGGUGGACCUGCUUGAGUACAACGGGGAGGUUGCUGAGAAACUCUUGGACAACCCGCGCAAAUUCUUGCCAGAGUGUGAAAUUGCAAUAAGCCGUGCCCAGCAAGCUUUGUACCGGGAACACGAGGCGAAGGACAAAAUGGUGUUCAAGGAGCAAGUGCAUUGUCGCCUAUCUAAUCUUGCAGCUUUGCCCGACUUUGUGAGAAACACUCUUCCCCGUACUGCAGAUGUAGGGCAGUUGCUAGCGGUUACCGGGGCAGUUAUCCGUGCUGGCAUGGUGAAGCUGCUGGACUGUGAGAGACAGUUCACUUGUGCGCAAUGCCGUCACACGUUCACUGUCAAGGCUGAAGUUGAACUCUGUUACAACAUCCCAAAGCCAACCAGGUGUCCUGGAUAUGACUGUGACUCAAAGACUUUCAAGUCUCUCUCGGAUACAGAACCACGGUGUGGCAGAGAUGUGCAAGAGAUCAAGUUGCAGGAGCAAGUGCAAAAGCUAGCCGUGGGAACAAUUCCCCGUGCUAUGCCUGUUCUACUGGAGGAUGACCUCGUGGAUGUGUGCAAGCCAGGUGACGAUGUCACGGUCACAGGUGUUGUCAUACAGCGGUGGCAAAAUCUCUAUCCUGACAGUCGAUGUGACCUGGGACUUGUGCUACUAGCUAAUCAUAUCAAAGUGAACAAUGAGCAAAGAAACUCGGUACAAGUCACAAAUGAACUGAAAGAAGAGAUAACAGACUUCUGGGAGGUUUACAAGGACAAGCCAUUGGAAGGCCGCAACAUCAUCCUAGCAUCAAUGUGUCCUCAAGUAUACGGUCUUUAUGUGGUCAAAAUGGCGGUCACAUUGAUUUUGAUUGGCGGUGUGCAGCGGAGAGAUGAAGGAGGCACACGAGUUCGCGGUGAACCCCACCUUUUGUUGGUCGGUGAUCCAGGUACUGGGAAAUCUCAGUUUCUGAAGUUUGCUAGCAAGCUAAUGCCUCGCUCUGUGCUGACUACUGGUAUUGGUUCUACCAGCGCUGGUCUCACUGUUACUGCUGUCAAGGACUCUGGUGAAUGGCAGCUUGAAGCUGGGGCACUUGUCUUGGCAGAUGGUGGCCUCUGUGCCAUUGAUGAAUUCAAUAGUAUCCGUGAGCAUGACCGCGCCAGUAUCCAUGAAGCAAUGGAGCAGCAAACAAUCAGUGUGGCUAAGGCUGGCUUGGUGUGUAAGCUCAACUGCCGGACUUCCAUACUGGCUGCCACGAACCCCAAAGGAAAGUAUGAUCCUAGUCAGAGUUUGAGUGUCAAUGUUGCCCUAGCCAGUCCGCUGCUGAGUCGUUUUGACCUGUUGCUCGUCUUGCUGGACACACACAAUGAAGAUUGGGACAAGAUCGUAUCGUCAUUCAUUCUACAUGGAAAAACGCUCAACUCCAUGGAAUUGGGUCAGUCCGAAGAACUGUGGUCCAUGGAUAAACUGCAAGGUUACAUCAGUUUAGUAAAGACUAUACGACCGCAGAUGACUCCAGAUUCUAACAGGGUCCUAACUCGCUACUACCAAAUGCAGCGUCAAGCGGAUAUGCGAAAUGCUGCACGGACAACCAUUCGCUUGCUGGAAAGUUUAGUUCGACUAGCUCAAGCUCAUGCCAGGCUAAUGUAUCGUGAUCAGGUGACUGCUGAAGAUGCUAUUGUUGCUGUCACACUCAUCGAGUCAUCUAUGCAUAUGACUGCACUUCUCGGUGGAGUGAAUGCCCUGCACUCAGCUUUCCCGUCAGAUCCAGAAGGCGAAUACGCCAAACAAGCUGAUCUUAUUCUGCGUGCUCUACACUUGGAGGAGAUGUGUACAGAAGAAAACUUGACCAGUUCUCUACAGCCUGGACUACUGUGUUCGCAGCCAGCUACAUCAACAACUGCUACUCGUAACGCCCAUCAACAAGCUGCUGCAUCGCGUGCACAGUCGAAGUGGACUAUCUUAGAGAAUCCAUCAACUGCACAACUGGCUACACAACACCAGCAAUUGCUUGCCAAUCAGAACGAGAGUCGACGCACGCCAGCUAGGAAGCGCGGACUUGCUACUCCGCAUCGUGUCGGCUCAACCGUUAGCCCUCCGAAUCAGGCCGGUGGUACACACACUGCAAAUACGACUGUGACUUCUGCUGGCUCAUCUGCUAGCGCGUCUGCACUUAGAACACCUGUCGCCAGACCAGCGAGGCUGACCAGACCAGCUCAGGCCGCUAGCACUGCACAACCGGUAACCUCCACCUUGUCUUCUUCUUCUUCGACCCAGGCAAUGUCUAGCAUUGGAGCUGCACGUGAAUCAGGUAACAGGCACACCUCACCUGUCGUAGCUGCCAUGCCCAUGCAUACCAUGAAUCAGUGUGCCGAUGACGAGGACGACAACGAGGAUGAUGACAUGCUUAUGCAAGAGGCCUUGGAAAUGAGCGAUGCUCUAGAGAAGACGUUUGCUGAAGAAAGCCAGGCAAUACCAGAGUCGCCCUAUCCUGCUAAUGUUCCAUCGGCAGUUCAACAGCGGCAUCGAAAUCGCGAACAACGCCUUGAACAGCCUCACUUUCCGCCCAUAGAUGACUUUCCAGACGACGAAUGUGAUAUGCUGGAGAUCGAAACUGCCUGUGCAAGUGUUCCCAGCAGCUGUCAGGCAACUUCUGUACCAUUUGUUUCGGGUUUGGAUGUUGAGCUGUCUGUUUCUCCGCGCUCUACAUCCUCAUCCUCUGUCUCUGUACAGUCAACAUCAAGAUCAAUGACAAAUGUUAGCCACCGAAAUCCUCCUAAUGAGUCAGCUGUGGCGGGACACAUGCCCAGCACUCGUCCAAAUCAGCCUUCCAAAUCAUCACCUGGUAUGCGCCCUUCCAUUCACCCCUGUUCUAUUUCUUCCAGCCAGGCUCAAAGUAGUCACUCAACUGUAUCUACUUCAUCUCAUGAGCUGGUACGCCACCCUGUCUGCGAAGCUCCAUCACCGCUUCCCGCAGCAGUACCUAGAAGCCAGCAGUCUGCAAUCACGCCUCGCAAGUUCACGUUUGUCCGCAAACCGUCCAUGUCAUCUCCGCCGGAGCAUGCCUCUUCCCAAUCCAUGCCACCCCCGUCAUCGCAAUCUGCAUCUGCACAACCCGCAACGGCACAACCAACUUCAAACAACACUAGACCUGUGCCAUCUGUAUCUCAAUGCAGCCAAGUCUCUUCCUCACAGCCGUGCACAAGAGAUGGCUCAGUGAUGACAGCUAGGCCUUCAAAUGCAUGCAGAAAGCAGCCAGGCAUGUCAGUAUCACGCACUGCCAGCUCACAAGUUCAAGCUAGUGUGGCUAGUAAAGGCACUAAUGGCAAUGAUCCUUCAGCUCCACUUCGAUCUGCUCGAAGCUCGGCAGUACAGCCAGCUCAGGGCAAGAGCACUGCUAGUGAUGUCUCUGCUCCGCCAUUGCGUGGUAGGGCCGCAACAAAGGCUGCAUCUUCAACUCCUGGAAAAUCACUUAAUCAGCCACCAAGUGCCGUGUGUGCAGCUGCCAGCUCAGCUGCUGCUAGCAAGCUCUCUAAGUUUUGCUUUGCAGGACAGGCAUCACCUAAUGGCAGUAGUGGGCUCGUCUCACAGGCAUCCUCUAUGCGUUCUUCUCCUGCCCAGUCAAAGGCGGGGGAUGAUCGUGAAAACCGCAGUGGACACGUUUCCUGUUCUACUGUACAGAGUUCUGCUAUGCGCUGUCCCAGUCAGCCAGCUGCUGCUGAUGCUGGUAGUGGUAGUGUUAAUGGUGGUUCAUCACAACGAAUGAGGGCUGCCCUGCAGGCUCUACGUGGUACCAGUAACAGCAAGUCUAGCAGUACAGUAGCGUCACAGACUGGAUCCAAGAGCUCUACUCAUGCCAACGCUUCACCUAGCCAAGCUGCUGUGCGUGCUGCUAAUCCACAGCAACGGCUGCAGCCUCCUGUUCUCAGGCAGCUUGAACCCCGUGCUAAGAAGAAAGCUGUUGAAAAUCCACUGAUAUCCAAAUCCGCAACUGGACUGAAUGCGGCUGGGAAGAGUAACCCAUCAUCGGGCAGUACCGGCUUAUUUGCCUCUUCUGCACAAGCACUGGGUAUCGAGGAUGAAGAUGAUCUGGAUGAUCUGGAUGACAUGGAGUGGCUACUAACACCAGCAUCUUAAGAGAGCAUGUAAGUGCAAGGAAUUGUAGCAUUUUAGAAUGUCUGUCGUACAGGACAGUGUCAGCAGAGUGCUGUCUUCUGUGCGUUCAACCUUCUACAAGUAAUGUACUGUAGUGCUUGGAAGGAUGUACUGGCCUUUUUGGUGUGUAUCUCCAUGCGAAGAGAGAUGACUUGGGCAUACGUCCCAGCGAUACCUCUUUUAUAACUAUUUUGUAAUGCAUUCUAGCAAGCAAUUGGUAUACAAUAUAAUAGCACAGUUUAGUGAUAGUUGAGUUCGGGUGUACAUCCGGAUUAUAUGUUUCCUCUGAAGCCCAUAGUCGCAUCUUUGUGCACAACUCUUAUAUAGGUAUAUUUUGUCGUUUGUUCUCUAGGGCGUGUGUACAUGAUUAUAGGCGCGCCGGGUUGUAGCUGACGUACCGUUCAAUUAAUUACUUGCAAUGGCGCAUGUCGUCACUCAUCGUUAGUUGUGCGCUAGUCGAGUGGUAUUUGUGUCAUACAAUCUGAACUAUUUUUGAAGUACUGGUGCAUGCACCUGAUGCUACCAUCUUUCCUUCCAGUACUGUAUUACAAAUGCAGUUUUUAGGACCUGGGUUAUUAUUAUAUGCCACACUACACACGUGUACAGACUUAUACCAUCCUUGCACGGUACAUAUCAGCCUGUCUAGGAAUACUGUGUAUACUGCACUCUCGAAGCACGGUGUAGAUAAUAUGUUUGCAGUACUCAGACGUACUCCUGGUUGGUUAUUGUAUGUACAUACGCAUAGCAAGUGACAUUGUGUCUGUCAAAAUACAUGUACAGUGUACCAGCAUGCGCUUACACUUUGCAGAUCUUUGAGCCGGAGUUGGGUGCAACACCAAUCUUGAUUUUAUUCACAUUCUAUCAAUUUUAGUAGUGCGUGUACAUGUAUUCCUGGACGCUGGCGUUCAGAAUAACAUUUGUGAACUUUGGUCGCAUUCAGCAGUUUGUCUUUGA